CAAUUUCAUUCCAGACAUAUACUCCAAUCUUGAACAAGUUCCAUUUCGACGAAUAACAGCACGCGGUCUCAUCACCAAUGGCUUCCAAGGGGAGGAGGAAGAAGAAGAAGAAGCUCUUCUUCCCCUUCUUCCUUGCCAACCUUGUCUGCAGUGGCUGCGCCAGGCCAAACGCCUCCAAAGCCGCCCACCAACGCCCCGAUCAUGCCUCCUGUCAGGAAUUCCCGGGCUUCUACGGGUCUGAAGAUGACAACUACGAGUCUGCCAGGAUCUCCCUCCACGCCUCAACGCCCCCGCGCCUCUUCCCUGGGGCCGAUGACCAUUGGGACGACAAGCCAGCGGCAGACGUGAUGUAUGUGGUGAGCCCGUGCAGGAAGAUUACCAACAGUGUAGCAAUGGCAAAGGAGUCGGAGGACCCGUACGAGGACUUCAAGCGGUCGAUGCUGCAGAUGGUUUUCGAGAAGGAGAUCCACUCGAAGCACGACCUCCGGGAGCUCCUCAACUGCUUCUUGCAGCUCAACCCGCCAGCCCACCACGACGUCAUCUCCCGGGCCUUCGCCGAGAUCUGGAACGACGUCGUAUCCAAGAAGACGAACAAGGGCGAGACUCGGAUCGGCAUGGUGAGUUGCUUUACGUGAUCCUGAGCCCGAGCGUGGCUUUGGUCUGGCCAGA